GUAUAUUUUAAGCUCGUCACCCUUUCCUUUCUGCUCUGAGGAGGUAAACAACUGCACGGGGUUGAAGGGUUGAGGGCCGCUUAACCAGGGAAGUCGUCAGCAUGAGGCUCGCACUGACACUGCUACGCAAGAAAAUGCCUAAUGGGCACAUAUACAUUGGCAAGCAUCGGAUGAUUCCAAAACCAACUCCGGAGGCAAUGGAGGGCAUGACCAAACGGCUGCAGGUGGAGGAGCGAAACAUGUUCAUCCUGCGUCACCCAUACCUGACAAUUGAACAGUCCUUCGGCCACGCUGGUGCUCUGGGCAAGAGUCAAGCAUUUUUUCAAAGGAGGCGGAAUGAAGAGGAAAAAUGGAUGCCUAAUGUCACCCUGGAAGAGCGAUUUGAGACCCUGAGGAAUGACGACAAGUGGGAUUAGUGUGAAGUGUAGUGUGUUGAGGAAUAAAUGUGUACAGUAUAUUGUAA